GACUCUGAGUGGGGGGGCGAAGCUCGGUGCUGUCCCCGGGGGCGGGGCCGUCCUUUCCGGCCGCCGUGUAGGUGCCGGGCUUUUCCCUGGCUGGGGUGUUAGGUAGCAGAGAGCCUGAUUCUGUCUCCAGGCUGGAGCACUAGGUUUGGGGACUCAGCACUGAUGUUUCCCGGCCCUCCUUGGCGGACUGUCCUUGGUUUGCGUGGUUAGGAGCGAGUCAGGACCUUUUCGGACUUCGAAGGCCUGUCUGUGAUGAUUUACUUUCAUGCUGGGAUUUUCGGAGAGGUGUGGGGCUGACCGUGGUCCGGUGAUGCUGGUUACGGAAUAAAAAGCGUUGCAAAUCCUUGCUGCUGGAAGUAGUGUUGAUUUACAGGUGGACUGUGGGUCCCCACUGGCAGGAUUGAAGUUCUGGGAUUGUUUUGGGUGGUGGAGAAGCCGUGGAGCUUUUUAUGCUUGUGGUGGUGUUCGCAGUUCAGUAACUGUAUUGAGAUGUGUGACAGAACUGGUUCGUUCUCCGGUUCAGGUUGUCCCAGCCUGCUCUUUUCCUGAUCAAAAGAAAUUAGGAAAGUACAGAAUAGAGGCAGCAUUUGGAUGAUUUUUUCUAGUAUUUUCCUUCAUGUCCUUCUUCAUAGUUUCUGAUGAAGAACAAUCAGUAGUAUAUGUUCCAGGAAUUUCUGCAGAAGGAAAUACCAGAUCAAGACACAAGUUAAGUCCAAAAGCUGAUGUUAAACUUCCGACUUCCAGGGUUAAUGCCGCUUCAAUCUCCAUGGAGUCUUUAAAAGGUGCAGGAGAUUCAGUAGAUGAACAGAAUUUCUGCAGGGGAGGACUAAAGAGUGCAUCAUUGAAGGAUUUGUGUCUUGAAGACAAAAGACGCAUUGCAAAUUUAAUUAAAGAAUUGGCCAGAGUAAGUGAGGAAAAGGAAGUGACAGAAGAACGAUUCCGAGCCGAGCAGGAAUCAUUUGAGAAGAAGAUCAGGCAGUUGGAAGAACAGAAUGAUCUGAUCAUCAAAGAAAGGGAAGCUCUUCAGCUACAGUAUAGAGAAUGCCAAGAACUUCUAAGUCUCUAUCAGAAAUAUCUAUCAGAACAGCAAGAGAAGCUCACCAUGUCUCUCUCAGAACUUGGUGCUGCUAGAAUGCAGGAACAACAGGCAUCCAAUAGGAAAAGCACUCUUCGGUCUUCAGCUAUGGAACUAGAUGGUUCCUACUUGAGUGUAGCCAAAUCACAAACCUGCUAUGAAACCAAGCAGAAGCCUAAGUCUACAAACCAGGACUCAGCUUCAGAAGCCCUUCUGGAGUUUAGGAAUAAUUCUUUGAAACCAGCAGACUUUCAUUAUCCCGAAACAGACCUAGACAGGGUGCUGUCAGAGACCAGAACAUGUGAUUAUGGAUCCCCAGGGAGAAAACUAGCAGAUGCAGUCCCUGCAGAGAAAGUUCCACCAGCGGAAUUGAAGAUGAAAGAAUGCCAAACCCUGAAGCCUAUUCUAUCCAGUCAGUGUUGUGGUCAUAGACUUUCUGAAAACGCAGAUCCUAUUCCUGAAAGCCAUCCUACACACAUGGCCCCUCAAUAUUCCAGAGCACACCUGGAAUCAUGCAGUUAUUGUGGGCUUUCCCGGACAUCCCGGAUGCAUGGUCAAGGGACACAGCAGUCUAGUGAAACUGAUGUCAAAAAGCAACUCUCAGAAAAUAGAAGGCACCAACUUAUGCUUCAGAAAAUGGAACUGGAAAUUGAAAAAGAGCGCCUUCAGCAUCUGCUGACCCAGCAGGAGACAAAGCUUCUCCUAAAACAGCAGCAGCUUCAUCAGUCUCGACUGGAUUAUAAUUGGUUAAGAACUCAAGCUGUAUUUAAGUCAAGAGAACUCCUUGCUGCUAAAGAGUUUACCAAACCCCGAGAGUUCAAUCUGGAUAUGAAUGGGGAUGACUCUGGACCAAGUUUAUUGAAGUCAAAAUGUGAUGGGUGGCUGCUGGGAGCAUCAUCGUCCAUCAAAAAACACCAAGAGUCCACUAACAGCAGUGAGAAUAGAAGAGAGAAGAAGACAGUUGGGUUUCAAUCACAUACAGAAGAUGAUACCCUAUGGACAUGUCAAAAGAGAGAUACAUAUCGACCCCAAAGAGGAACAGUGGCAGGAGUUAGAAAAGAUGCAUCCACAUCUCCUAUGACGAUAGGAAGCCAAAAGGAACUUGGAAUCUCAAGCUCAUCAGCACUGCAGCACGAUACUUCUCGGUACGAGACCUCUCUGCUGGAUUUGGUUCAAUCUCUGAGUCCAAAAUCUGCUCCCAAACCUCAACCCCAUCCCUCCAGAGAAGCUGGGGCCUGGAUUCACAGUCAUCGCCGACUCAGUCCUCGAAAAUCAACCUGGAACAAGAUGGGGACAGGCAGGACCCCCGAAGACCUGGAGGAGAAUCAAAUUCUGGAAGAUAUCUUUUUCAUUUGACGUUGAAACACACACUACAAAAUUUCCAUCUGAAAUGUGUGGGCUUCUUUAUAUCCUGAUCUAGGAUUUUAAAUUAUUUGAUUGCAAACUAACUGUGUCUCUCCUUUCACAGGGGCCUCUCUCACUAACAUCCUGUUAUGUGUUGAACAUAGAAAUCAUGUUACAAACCCAGAGUGGUUUUGAUCAGACCCCUCAGUAGGUGACACAUUAAGGGCAGAGUGGGGGAGGGCAGUAUCUUUUCUGUGCCAAGCAGAGAUUAGAAAAUUAACAUAGGACCCUUUCUACAUGCAAAGGCCUUUACAUAUUCAGCCUCAUUUCCAGAGUGUUUCCUUCUCAAUACUUAGUGGGAAAAGGUUGGUUCUCUUUUAUGCACAAGGAAGAACUUUUCACAGAAAAAUCCCUCUGAUUUAAAAGUAGUCCCUUUGCAACAUAAGCAGUUUCAGAAAGACAGCCUCUUUACCUCUCCACCUCACCUUUACCUCUGUUCCCUCAUUGCCUACCUCUGUAUACGUGUAGUCAUUUAAUUCCGAAGUUGGAGUUGGUGUCUCUACCAUCGCAAGCAACACCCAACAACCAAUUUCGAGUCAGUUCCAGUAAUCAUCAGCAGUAACCAAAGGGCACAGUGGGCUGGAGGGAGGGCCCCAACCAAUCCUUGGAAACCAGCAUUAAGUCACAUCAUAGAGUGACUGCCCUCAGGAAAUAAAAUGGAGACACAGGCCUGACAUGCUUUUCCUGCCAUCCCCCCAUUUCCCAGGAUAAAUAAAAGCAAUAGCUCAGUACUUUUUACUGACCUAAGUGUCUGUACUUGUGAGCUGCCCAUGGCUGUCUCUGGGGAAGAUGCCACUAGGGAGAGGAGCAUCAGCUGCCACAGGCUGAGAGGCUUUCCCUGGUCCUCCCUCUUACCUCAUGAGGAUCAAAGGCCCUAGGUUGCUCGGGCCUUUGAUGUGCUCUGCUCAGGCUAUUGUCCCAUGACUCCAAAGAAACAUCUCUACUUGCCAGAUUCUCCUCCUCCACUCCCAAACAGAAUCUCCCUAUCUUUUCCACUCCUCCAUUUGACCCAGAGAAGGCCUGUGGAAAAAGUACACUUGCAACCUUAUUCUCUCUCUCCUCCUAUUUGGCAGAGCUCUUAAGAUGGGUCCUUCAGCUUACAGUGGGCUCCAGUGGGUUCUCAUGCCCCUGGGCAGCAUGAUGAACCUGGUAGAGCCAGUGAGUUGAUGACUUCCAGUCACUGGAAACAAGGAAGGUGUGUCCCCAGAUGUGUCUACUUGGUGACCUUAUUUGAUCUGUUCUGUUUCUCUCUCCCUUUCACCCAACCCCAGGCUUGAAGUGGGACCAAGAGUCUUUGUCAGUCAGCAUUGGUAGCCAAGGUCAGACCACCCAGGGUGAACUGCAUUUAGUGAGCCUACAGGGCUUCCCUGAAGUCUUUAUCAAAACUAGAUUAUCUCAGCCUACAAAAGCCUUGUUAAACAGAUUCUUUAUGUGGAUGGAUUAAAAUCUCAUGUCUCUUCUGCCUGA